CGUUUACAACAAGUUCGGAAAUGGCAAAAACAACUUCGUCAAAAAUUUGAUCAAAAAGGCCAAGCUCCUGUAAAGAAUCGUGAUGCUUCUGUUGCCGUUAGACCUGAUUGGGAAGUUAUUGAAGAAAUGGAUUUUCCUCGUUUAAGUAAAUUAUCUUUGCCUGGAAUUGGUGAUGGAAAAGAUGUAUAUACUUGCGGUGCAUUAGAAUUUUAUGAUAAAUCAUAUGAUCGUGUUACUUGUAAAUUAGAAAAGCAACUUCAACGUAUUAAUCGCAUUUUCCAUAAGGUAACAACAACUGAUGAUCCUAUUAUUCGCAAACUUACUAAAACGGAAGGAAACGUCUUCGUAACGGAUUCGAUUGUGGCUACUCUCAUGUGUGCUACUAGGUCCGCUUAUUCCUGGGAUAUCGUAGUUCAGCACGUCGGAAAUAAAUUGUUCUUCGACAAGAGAGACGAAUCCGAAUUUGACUUAUUAACCGUGAACGAAACUGCUGCAGAACCUCCUCACGAAGAAGGAAAUAACAUUAAUUCACCCAGAAGCUUAGCUUUAGAAGCUACUUUCAUCAAUCACAACUUUUCCCAGCAAGUUCUGAAAAUGGGAGAAGAAAAGAACGAAUUUGAAAAUCCGAAUCCUUUCAUCCAAGAAGACGAGGAAGGGGAAGUGGCGUCUGUAGCUUACAGAUACAGAAAGUACGAUCUGGGAGAUGGCGUCGAAUUAAUUGUUCGUUGCGAACACGAUGCCGUCAUGCACGGACCCAAUGGCGAAUUACAAUUCAUAAAUAUUAAAGCUCUUAAUGAAUGGGAUCCCAGAUGUUCGGGAGGUAUCGAUUGGCGGCAGAAAUUAGACACGCAGCGAGGUGCCGUUUUGGCCAACGAACUGAAGAACAAUUCUUGCAAACUGGCAAAGUGGACAGUUCAGGCUCUUCUGGCCGGUUCUGAUCAGAUCAAAUUCGGUUACGUUUCGCGAGUUCACAUACGAGAUUCGUCCAAGCACGCCAUUCUCGGCACUCAGCAAUUCAAACCGAAGGAAUUUGCCGAUCAAAUCAAUCUCAACAUGGAUAACGCCUGGGGUGUCCUACGUUGCAUCAUUGAUACCUGCAUGAAAUUGAAACAGGGAAAAUACCUGAUAUUAAAGGAUCCCAAUAAGCCUGUUAUUAGAUUAUACAAUAUACCGGAAAAUACUUUCGAAACCGACGAAGAAGCCGACUCCGAAGAGGAAGAAGUCGAAGAGAAGAAGACGACUCUCGAUUUCACCGACGAUAAAUAGGGAGAAAAUUGUUUUCGUUAUUUCGAAACCUAAAAAAAAUGCAUUGUAAAAUUUAAAAAUAUACGGUGACAGUGAUGAUUUCAAUAAAAAAAAA